CUUACCUUCUUGUUCUAUAUAAGUUCAACUCUGUUCAACUUUCAUGGCAGCUUCAAAUUCCACUCUUCAAAAACCAGAUAGCUAACACCAUACACUCUUAAUCUCCUUCUCUUCCUCUCUCGCUAGCUUUGCUUAUUUUCAAACAUGGCUAGCCAGGGAGCCCAGACUACUGCUGCUGCUACUACUACUCAUGCUGACCAACGUCCCAAAUCCCUUGCAGAUUUUGAUCCUCCGCAGAAACCAAAACGCAACAAGUAUGCUUUCGCUUGCGCCAUGUUAGCUUCCAUGACUUCCAUCUUGCUCGGCUAUGACAUUGGAGUAAUGAGUGGGGCGAUAAUCUAUAUUAAAAAGGACCUCAAAAUCAGCGACGUGCAAGUGGAGGUUCUGGUGGGGAUCCUCAGCCUUUACUCACUGUUAGGUUCGGCGGCGGCCGGCAGAACCUCCGACUGGAUCGGGCGGCGCUACACCAUCGUACUAGCUGGGGCUAUAUUCUUUGCAGGAGCUCUUCUGAUGGGUUUCGCCACAAACUAUGCGUUCCUAAUGGUGGGUCGUUUUGUUGCUGGUAUUGGCGUCGGUUAUGCUCUCAUGAUCGCUCCUGUUUACACUGCCGAAGUUUCGCCCGCUUCCUCUCGUGGCUUCCUCACUUCUUUCCCUGAGGUGUUCAUUAAUGCAGGGAUAUUACUGGGAUACGUUUCAAACUACGCAUUCUCGAAGCUGUCACUUCACUUGGGAUGGCGAAUGAUGCUUGGCAUCGGCGCCAUCCCCUCCGUGCUGCUGGCCGUCGCCGUCUUAGCCAUGCCUGAAUCACCUCGUUGGCUGGUCAUGCAGGGUCGACUCGGAGACGCCAGGAAAGUCCUGAACAGAACCUCCGACUCCAAAGAAGAAGCCGCCUUAAGACUCGCCGAUAUUAAAGAAGCUGCUGGCAUUCCCCAAGAAUGCAACGACGACGUCGUUCAGGUUGAGAAACGUAGCCACGGUGAGGGUGUAUGGAGAGAGCUCCUCCUUCAUCCUACACCGGCGGUUCGUCACUGUUUAAUCUGCGCCGUUGGUAUUCAUUUCUUCCAGCAGUCGUCGGGUAUAGACGCCGUCGUUUUGUACAGUCCCAGGACCUUUGAAAAAGCCGGGAUUACAUCUGAUGACCUCAUAUUACUCGCAACUGUAGCCGUCGGAUUUGUCAAGACUCUUUUCAUCUUAGUGGCCACAUUUUUGCUUGAUAGGAUCGGACGGCGGCCGUUGCUUUUGAGUAGCGUGGCGGGUAUGAUCCUGUCCCUUGCCACCCUCGGAUUCUCUUUAACGGUCAUUGAUCACUCCCACGUAAGGAUACCAUGGGCCGUUGGUUUAGCCCUCACCGCGGUGUUAUCAUACGUCGCGUUCUUCUCGAUCGGUAUGGGGCCCAUCACGUGGGUCUACAGCUCAGAGAUCUUCCCGUUGCAGCUACGCGCUCAGGGAGCGAGUAUGGGAGUUGCAAUGAAUAGGGUUACAAGUGGGGUCCUAUCAAUGAGUUUCAUAUCACUUUACAAGGCCAUAUCAAUCGGCGGAGCCUUCUUCCUUUUCGCGGGAAUCGCAACGGUAGCCUGGCUGUUCUUUUAUACCAUGCUCCCGGAAACACAGGGUAAAACCCUUGAAGAGAUGCAGGUCCUUUUCGGUAACUUCCAUUGGUUGAGGGAUUCCAAGCGCAAGAAGAGAAACACUAAACUUUUCGGCAACGGUGACGGAAACAGUGACGGUUCUAGUAACGUUCAGUUAGGGGCUGUGUCUAAGCCCAUUACUAACUAGAGGAUAACUUGGUAAAUAUGAUGCCGUUUUAAAUAUUUUCGUGUAACUUUCUAAAAGGAUAAUGAUGUUUGAGUGAGAGGGACGAAGGAGGAGAAGAAAAAAAUGACAAAACCUGAUGCAAUGAAAAAUCAUAAAUUAUGCAGUGAAAUACAAUAUACUCUAUCUAUAGUUUGUCCAA